AUGUCUUUGUCAUCUUUCUCAAAUUUUAGCGUUUCCCUUCCAUUUGCACCAGAGAUAAACACUGGUUCUAAGCUUCCCUGUACCACCGGAACUCCAUCUCUUCUCAUAUCGAACCAUAGAAGUUAUGGGAACGGUAACAAGGCCAUGGAAGCAGGAGAAAGAAGAAACAACCUCGAUCAGAUGCAGAGAGCAAGCAAGCAUCAAAGCACACAACACGAUCAACAGCAAAAGAAGAGAUUCGCCCCUGUAGCAGGAGCGCCCAUUAUACAACAGACGAUGGAAAGGAUUAUGGAGGAGAAGGAAGAGUGGUCUGCAAAGAGCUACGGGAGCUUCCUCAGACGAAUUGCUUUGCCGGAUCAUAUCGAAAUCGAGAAGAUAAAGGCAGAAAUGAAAGAUGAGAAAAGCACAGGUUUUAAGCCUGGAGUUCCGUCCCUUCUCAGACUGACCGGGGGAAGUGGUGAGAACAAUGUCAAGGCCAUGGCAGCAGGAGAAGGAAGAGACAACCUCGAUCACUUGCGGAGAGCAAGCAAGCAUCAAAACACACAACGACAACAACAGAGACACCCAAAGAGGAGAAUCGCCCCUGUAGCACCCAUGGGGCUACGGAAUGGGUUCCCGUCAGCUAGUACAGUGCAACAGAUAAUGGAAACGAUGAUCGGGGAAGACCCUUCCAUUUACAGCAGCACUUGGCCAUCGCCGAGCUUGAAAGAGGAAGGGGAUUACAGAGGAGGAAGAACGCCUUGGGAGAUCAAAGAAGGGGAGCACGACUACAAGAUUAGAUUCGACAUACCUGGCAUGACCAAGAACGACGUCAAGGUGUGGUCAGAGGAGAAGAUGGACAAGGCUGAUAAGGUUCCCAAUAAGAAGAAAAAAGAAUCUACUGCUGAUGGUUCCCAAGUAGAAGCCGAUGUGGAAGAAGAAGAAGAAGAGCGGUCUGCAAAGAGCUACGGGAGCUACAGCAGUCAAAUUGCUUUGCCGGACAAUAUAAAUAUCGAAAUCGAUAAGAUAAAGGCGGAAGUGAAAGAUGGUGUGCUCUACAUAACCAUUCCCAAGGUCUCAUCUUCCAUUAAUGUCUGGGAUAUCAAUGUCCAAUAG